AUGGCUGACAAGGGUACUGAAGUGUCGGGGGCAUCUGCUGCAAAACCUCUAACCGCUGCACAGAAGCAGUUAAUUAAGAGACGAAAAGAACUGGAGCAGUGGAAGAACAACCCGCAAAAACUUCGGGGGCGCAAUCUCAUCACGGGUUUGGCAAUCGGAACCUUCGUUCUUGGCAUGUUUACAUACACCAUUCUGUCAGUGAAGCAAGAGAGGAUCAUGGAUGAAAUUGAUGAGGAGGCAAAGAUCUUCGUCAUGAGAGGACCUAGAACAGGGGCCAACUCGUAGGAUUUGGUCUUUGUCUCCGCUCUCCUGCUUUGACUUUCAGAAGCAAGCCACAGAGUCUGACAAGACGGACCCUUUUCUGAAUUUCAUGUGGACAAAAGGGGCACCUUACAUUCACUCUUGUUCUUAUGGUGAUUGAUGGAACCUCUGCUAUUAAUCACCUGUUGUAAUGUACUGUAUUCUUUAGGGACAGAUGUAUAACUCUAAUGAUAACGGGAAAAAAAGAAAAGUAAAACAAUAACUUAUUGAUAUUCUUUGCAUUUUGAACCAACCAAAUAAAGAUUAGAGAUUCAAGUUUUUGUCAGUUUUGAA